CGACAGGCAACUCGUCCGCUACUGGCCGUCCACAAGCUUCUUGCGAUGCUCGUUUAGUGACACAGUUCAACUCCGUUUCUCUGGCCAGGGAAACACAUCCAGUAAUAAUGGCCACCGAAUCGCCCGAGGAUGCGAUCGCGAACUUCGUCAGCUUCACCAGCACGACGCGCGAGCAAGCUAUCAGCUUCCUCAAGGCAAAUAACCUCGAUUCGCAAAAGGCUAUCAACGCCUACUUCGAAGAUCCAACGGGGUCCCAACUAAAGACAAGUGGUCUGUACAGUGAGAGCAAUACUUCGUCGUUCACAUAUGGCCAGCAAGACAACCUGCCCCGAAUACCUGCCACGGCUCCUCCCUCUCGCCCCCCAUCCCGAGUGAAUAUUCAUGAACAACCCGAAACUGCCGGAUUCGAGACUACUUCAGUCACAGCUGCCCAGGGCUCUGCAGGCAACGCGCCUCCUGCACAGGGACUCACUCUGGCCGAGCGUGAGGAGCAAGAGCUUCAACAGGCAGUCGCAAUGUCUUUGAAUCAAGGAACCGGACAGCAGGAGUCUGGUGUCACCAAGACCAUGACCACGAUCAACGAUCAACAACAAGCCCACUUUGGGAAAGCUAUGCGCGAACAUUACGAGGAAGCGGAUUGGGGGAUGACUCUUUUCAAUGAAACUUCUCAGGAAGUCGUCCUUAGCCCCGACCCAGAAGAUCGCAAAAGAGUUGAGGGCGAGCCGGCAUUCAUUCGCCCCACGAAUGACAACCUCUACCUGGGAGGAUUCCUCACAAUUCUCCACGAGAUUCCUUUGGCGCGCGAAGCCCUCUUGCUACGGAAUAAGCUGCUAUCUGACUACGGACAGGAACCGCAAUGGUGGAGUGGACAGCCCGUCAAUCUUCCGAAGAUCGUGACUGUCCAUGCGCAACAGGGUGGAGACAAUGACUGGGACGACGUCAUACACGAAUCACAGCGGCUUAUGGCAUUUUUGGACUCCACAAAGCGCUCAUUUGGCAGCAGCGAUGCCCUCGCCAACCUCAGAGACAUAACCUCAUUCUCUUCCGACUCGGAAGAAGUCGUCACGCGGUUCCUGGAGACCUGGCAUGCUGCAGCAAUCCGGGCUGCUCCCGAUAGCCCUCUGACAACAGCAUUCAUGUCGCACGCCUACAAGCGAUCUCCCUUUGAUGAAGGGGAUGAGACUAUCUCGAAAGAACUCUUUGUAUUUGAGCCAGUCGUCGAGCAAGAACAUGGCCAGACCCUCUAUGAUCUACUGGACACUGCGAUCUGGAGUGAUAGGCCCGGAGAGGAACUUGAUGAUGUCUGGCUGGAACACGUGGGUGAGGUGAUUACGAUGAAGCUCGACUCGUACAAUAACGGAAAGUCUGUGAACGUCAAGGCGCCCGCCAUCUUCUACCCCGACCGAUACAUGAGCAGCUGUCGAGAGCUUGCGCGUGAGCUUCGCACUAAACGACUGCGCGUCCAAGAAGAGAUCCUGGAAUUGGAGGCACUCAUGGCCCGUUAUACCACACCUCUAAACGUGCAAGGCAACCUGACGAUCAAGCACCUUCUUGAGAAAGCCGCAGCCGCGGUGAACGUGGCCUUGCCGAAAAAUCCCGCGAAAGAAACACAGUCAAUGGAAACCGAAAUAACCAUCGAAAUAACGACCGACAAAGCCGAUCAAAUUUCGACAGAGCUCUUGGCGAUAUCUGAUAGGAUCGACUCUAAGGUUAAAGACCUGGAUGCGAGGAAACAAAGCGCUAUGGAAACGUUGCGCGGCUACUCUAAACAGCUCACGGAGGCACCGGACGCUCCCGGUGAGCCUCCUCUCCGCAAAUACACCUUGCGGGGUGUGUGCACGGAGCCUCAUGUUACCUAUGUUCUAAAGCGGGCUGACGCAAAUGGGUCUGGCGAUUUGAUGGAUCUUGAUGGUGACCAGGCCACUGGAGAUCAAUGGUGGAGAAUCAGCUAUUCCACCGAAGAUGGCAAGACCCGCCAGGCUGCCAAAAGAGAAGCACAAGGCAACAAUGUGGCCAGCCAAGACGGCGAUAUCAUCGGUUACACGGCCCGCAAAGUGCGCGAGAUUGAAGUUCUCCGAGCCGCUCGCGAAGAGUGGAGAUCAGUUUUGCUUGUCUAUGCAAGUGACGCUGCCGUCAAUGCCCCAGUUGAACCUGCGCCUACUCAACUUCAGAGCUUCGUGAGUAAGGAUAAUGAGGCUUUCGCGGCCGAGUGUGAACAGGGCGCCGCCAACCCAUCAGAAGAAAAUGGUCAGCAUCCAGCCCAGCUAAACGAUGCCGACUAUCAACAACAGCAGGCUCCACCGCGACCCGCCCAGCAGGUAAACGUCUUUGACUAUCAGGUUUCGAAUUUUGGUAAUGACAGUGAUUGCGAACAGGAAAUGCAGGAGAGGAAAGGGUCAGUUCUCCUAGGUACGAGUCGGGGGACUAACGAUGCGGGCAUCUCUCACGCCCUGGAUGAUGAUACGGAGUGGCACGUGGACGGUGACACUGAAAUGGCUGAGCACGUUGAGCCUGCCUCCAAUGGCUCCUGAACUAGGAGGGCUCGUAUGAGCGAUGAUUGAAUGAAUGACAUGCGGAGAUCACGGGACUUGAAUUGUACAUAUAAGAUAGCCAAUGCCCAUACCGAGGAGCAGAGUAAUAUACUAGCUCGGUUUCAAGGAAGCAUGAAUAGUCUAACACAGUAGUGAGAUAAUCUU